CCUGCGCUGGACGCUCUCUCCGGUAGUGGCGAUGUCCGCCCGGUCCAAGCGGGAGUCUCGUGGUUCCACCCGCGGGAAGCGCGAGUCCGAGUCCCGAAGCAGCUCGGGUCGUGUCAAGCGAGAGCGAGAUCGGGAGCGGGAGCCGGAGGCGGCGGGCUCCCGGGGCAGCCCGGUUCGCGUGAAGCGGGAGGUCGAUUCGGCGAGCGCGCGCGAGGCCCCGGCGGCCGCCGUCCCGGUGGUGCGGGUUAAACGGGAGCGCGACGCGGACGAGGACUCGGAGCCCGAGCGGGAGGUGCGAGCGAAGAAUGGCCGCGUGGAUUCUGAGGACCGGAGGAGCCGCCACUGCCCGUACCUGGAUACCAUUAACAGGAGUGUGCUAGACUUUGACUUUGAGAAACUGUGUUCCAUCUCCCUGUCGCAUAUCAACGCAUAUGCCUGUUUGGUGUGUGGCAAGUACUUUCAGGGCCGGGGUUUGAAGUCUCAUGCUUACAUUCACAGUGUCCAGUUCAGCCAUCAUGUCUUCCUCAACCUCCACACCCUCAAGUUUUACUGCCUCCCAGACAACUACGAGAUCAUCGACUCCUCGCUGGAGGACAUCACGUAUGUCUUGAAGCCCACAUUCACAAAGCAGCAAAUUGCAAACUUGGACAAGCAAGCCAAAUUGUCCCGGGCCUAUGAUGGUACCACUUACCUGCCAGGGAUCGUGGGGCUGAAUAACAUAAAGGCCAACGAUUAUGCCAACGCUGUCCUGCAGGCGCUAUCUAAUGUUCCUCCUCUCCGGAACUACUUCUUGGAAGAAGACAAUUAUAAGAACAUCAAGCGACCUCCAGGGGAUAUCAUGUUCUUAUUGGUCCAGCGUUUUGGGGAGCUGAUGAGAAAGCUCUGGAACCCCCGAAAUUUCAAGGCACAUGUCUCUCCCCAUGAGAUGCUUCAGGCUGUUGUCCUUUGCAGCAAGAAGACUUUUCAGAUCACCAAACAAGGCGAUGGAGUCGACUUCCUGUCUUGGUUCCUGAAUGCUCUGCACUCAGCUCUUGGGGGCACAAAGAAGAAAAAGAAGACUAUUGUGACUGAUGUUUUCCAGGGGUCCAUGCGGAUCUUUACCAAAAAGCUUCCCCAUCCUGACCUGCCAGCUGAGGAGAAAGAGCAGCUGCUGCAUAACGAUGAGUACCAGGAGACAAUGGUGGAGUCCACAUUCAUGUACCUGACGCUCGACCUUCCCACUGCCCCCCUCUACAAGGAUGAGAAGGAGCAGCUCAUUAUCCCUCAGGUGCCGCUCUUCAACAUCCUGGCCAAGUUCAAUGGCAUCACUGAGAAGGAAUAUAAGACUUACAAGGAGAAUUUUCUGAAGCGCUUCCAGCUCACCAAGCUGCCUCCAUAUCUCAUCUUUUGUAUCAAGAGAUUCACGAAGAACAACUUCUUUGUGGAGAAGAAUCCAACGAUCGUCAACUUCCCUAUUACAAAUGUGGACCUGAGAGAAUACUUGUCUGAAGAAGUGCAAGCGGUACACAAGAAUACCACGUAUGACCUCAUCGCCAACAUCGUCCACGACGGCAAGCCCUCUGAGGGCUCCUACCGGAUCCAUGUGCUUCAUCAUGGGACUGGGAAGUGGUAUGAAUUACAGGACCUCCAGGUGACUGACAUCCUUCCCCAGAUGAUCACCCUGUCAGAGGCCUACAUUCAGAUUUGGAAGAGGCGAGAUAAUGAUGAAACCAACCAGCAGGGGGCUUGAGGGGAGCCGAGAGCACUGACGCUGUGGCUGAUAGCCGGAGUGGCAGGUCUGGCAGCCCAGCGUCCGUGGGCUCUGCCUGCCGCAGAGCGUCAGAGCCGCCCGCCCGCCCACCUGGGGAGGCUCUGCGCUGUCACCAGCUGCCUUCCAUCGACUUAGUGGAUGGAUGCGCCUUUCUCCUUGCUGUCUAGCUGCCUUCCCGCUCCGCAGGGCAGAGCUCUUGCAGAUGUAUAUAGUUUAUUUCUGAGUGACUGGGAGUGUCUGAAGGACAGGGAGUUUCCUCCAAACAUCAAGCCUCGUGGUUCUGGGAGUAAGCAUGGAGCCUGUAGCCCCUUCUCUACUGUAGAUUAUGUUCCUGUGCCCCCUUCAUUUCCUGAUGUGUUUUUGAAAUGGAUUAAAUAUUCUCCUGUUUUUA